UGAUUUGGGAAAAGCUCAGAAUGCAAUGGUAAAAUUUGAGAUUUUUUUUAUUCCGUUUAAGAACAGGUUCUACUCUCCUGGUGCUCAUAUCUCGAUUUCUCAUCAUCUAUGGCAGAAUCAACUAGAAGGUGUGCAGUUGUUACAGGGGCAAACAAAGGGCUCGGAUGGGGAAUAGUAAAACAGUUGGCAUCAAAUGGAAUCAUGGUGGUAUUGACAGCCAGAGACGAAAAGAGAGGUCUUGAAGCUGUUGAAAAACUCAAAGGGUUUGGUCUCUCUGAUCAUGUGGUUUUCCAUCAGCUUGAUGUGACGGACACUGCAAGCAUUGCAUCACUGGCAGAAUUCAUCAAGACCCAAUUUGGAAAACUUGAUAUAUUGGUGAACAAUGCAGGAGUUGGAGGAACCACGAUAGACUACGAGAAAUUAGCAACUUUGAGCAUUUCUGGAACCGAGGAAGAUGUGCAGAAUGUUUGGAGUAAAGUAUUGAUCCAAAACUACGAAUUAGCAGAAGAAUGCCUCAACGUAAACUACUACGGAGCGAAAAGAACAGCUGAAGCUCUUAUUUCCCUGCUCCAGCUAUCCGACUCUCCAAGGAUUGUGAACAUUUCUUCCACCAUGGGAAUGUUGAAGUAUAUAUCCAAUGAAUGGGCUAAAGGAGUGCUAAGCGAUGCUGAUAGGCUUUCAGAGGAUAGAAUAGAUGAGAUUUUGAGUAAAUUCCUGAGAGAUUUCAAGGAGGAUUCUUUAGAAACCAAGGGGUGGCCUACGUUUCUGUCAGCCUAUAUAAUCUCAAAAGCAGCCAUGAAUGCUCACACGAGGAUUCUAGCCAAAGAGUACCCCAAUUUCUCCAUCAACUGCAUAUGUCCUGGCUCUGUGAAAACAGAUAUGACUAAUGACAAGGGCAUGUUUUCUGUUGAAGAAGGAGCUGCAUAUCCUGUGAGAUUGGCGCUGCAGCCUCAUGGCGGACCUUCUGGUCUCUUCUUUCUUCUGGAUCAGCCACAUUCUUUCUGAUAAUAUAAUUUGUACUUAGAAAUAAAAAUAACAGAAGUUGUAACUUUAUGACUCAAAUUGAAAUUAUGCUAUGCUCAAUAGUUGUGACGUUAAUUAAUCAAGAUAAAA